UACCAGAUGAAUGAAUAAGGAAAAUGUGGUACCGAUACACAAUGGAGUACUAUUCAGCCAUAAAAAACAAUGAGACUGUGUCAUUUGCUGCAACAUACGUGGAACUGGAGGACAUAAUGUUAAAUGAAAUGAGCCAGGCACAGAAAGACAAACUUUGCAUGUUCUUGCUCAUUUGUGGGAGCUACAAAUGAACUGGUGGAGAUACAGAAUAGAAUGAUGUUUACCUCUGGGUGGCAAGAUAGUGGGGUGAGAUUGGGAGUGGGAAGUAAGGAUGGGUAAAGGCUACAAAAAUAUACAGGAUGAAUAAGAUCAAUUUGAUAGCAUAAUAGGAUGAUUGCAGCCAACAAUAAUUUAUUGUACAUUAAAAAAACUAAAGAGUAUAAUUGGGUUUUUUUGUAACACGAAGAAAUGAUAAAUGCUUAAGAUAUUGGUUACCUCAUUUACCCUGACAUGAUUAUUAUGCAUUGAGUGCCUGCAUCAAAAUAUUUCAUGUACCCCAUAAAUGUAUACACUUCAUAUGUACCUACAAAAAUUAAAAAUUAGAAAAAUUCAGGGAAGUAAGCAUAAGAAAUAAUCCAAUUUAAUACAGGUGUAGUAUUAGUAAGUAAAUACAAUUCUAGCCUAUUACAGUUUUAGGAUUCUAUUAGGAAUUAGAAGAAAAGGGAAGCUAGAUUUCAGUUAAGCUCUUUCACUGAAUCUAUGAAAGACGUUUGUGCGGAAUUAAAAUUCAUUGAACUGCUAUAAGUAAUAGUUCUUCAUAAUUAACCCCCCAACAUGCCCAAUUUACAGAAAUGCAAAUGGGGGAUAAAUGGUUAUUUUAAAGAAUUAAUCACUGCUUUGACUUUCAUGGUUUAGGAGUGAGGUACAAUUCAUUUUAUAUUGGGGGAAGACAAUUCUGGUGAAGUGAACAGCAAGGGCAGACAACCCAAGGCAGCAAUGUACCCAGUGCGGUUAAAGACCAGCAACGAGGCCAGCGUGCCCGGAGUGGAAGGAUCUGAGAGGAAACGAGUAAGAGGGAGUUCAGAGAGGUUAACAGGCACCAAGAUCAUGAUUGGUCUUACAGACAGUCUUAAGGACUUUAGUUUUUAUUUUUAGUGAUAUGGAAAGUCAUUGGAAUGUUUUGAUCACAUGAAUAAUAUGAACUAUCAUUGAUGAUUCUGGCAGCUGCGUGGAGAGGAAUGUUAGGACAAUGGGUGGGAGUGAGAGACCUGCUAGAAGCUACUGAAGCGAUUCCAGGUGGGCCAGGGUGGCAGGGGUGGAGCUGAUGAGAAAAGGUAAAAUUCAGGAUGUAUUUAAAGGACAAAUAGAAAGGAUUUGAAUUCGAUGUAGGGAGUAAAUGAGAGGGAGGCAUCCAGAACAAUUCUGAAGAUUUUUCCAGAUGACAUGAUGGAGUUCCCAUUCAUAAGGCUGAGAGGGACUGAGAGGUGAAGGCAUGGGUGAAACCAGGAAUUCAUUUUUAGAUAUGCUGAGAUAUCAAAAUGGAUAUUGGAGGCUGGAGUUCAGGCUGGCUCCAGAUAAAAAUUUGAGUUUUGUUAAUACGUAGGUUUUACCUAAAGCCGCUAAGUGGUACAAGACCAUGUAGGUGUAGGGAGUGAAUGUAGAUAGAAAGCAAUAUGAGAACUGAGCUCAGAACACUCCAAGGUUUGAAAGUUGGGGAAAUAAAUGAGCAAAGGCGAAUGAGAAAAAGCGAGGUAUAGGAAAAUCAGGAGUACAUUUGUGUCCUGGCAGCCAUGUGAUGCAAGUAUUUGAAAGAGAAGGAAUUGAUAACCUCAGUUAAGUCCUGUUUAAAGUUUAGCAACUUGGAGAGUCAACGGAUGCCCUUGAGAAAAGCAAGUUGGAGUGUCCAGGGACGCCUGAUUGGGUUGGUUUCAGUAGAGGUCAAGGCAGGGGAACGAAGUAUAGGCAGCAGAUUUAGACUGUUCUCUUGAGGAAAAAGGGAGCUGAGAAAUUAGUGGCAGCUGGAAUAGGAAAUGAGGUCAAGAGAGUUUUCUUUGUUGUUGUUUUCAAUUUUGUUUUUUAAAAUUAAAUACAUCAUGGGAAUGAUCUAGUAGAGAGAAGAGAGAAGGGGAAACUGCUGUAGUGCUGUGCUUGAGUUGGCCAGAGAAGAAGGGAUCUCAUACCAAAAUAGGGGCAUGGGGAUGGGCUCAGGUAGGUACCUAGCCUGUUUAUCCAGUUGAGGGAAAGCAGAGAGUACAUCUGGCCACAGAUGCAGUUUGGUAAUUAGAUGUGGUGGGGCAUAAUAAGGUAGGAGGGGUUUUUUGGUUUAUGUGUGUAUGUUUGUUUUAGUUUCUGUGAGCUGUCCUAAACAGAGGACUGAGGAGUGUGGGAACAAGAAGUAAGGAAUGGCUAGGAGAGAAGGCGCUUUUAGAAAUUAAGUACAAGGCUAGUGCUCAGUGAUUUUCCUAGACCAGCUAUUGCCUGUGCUAGGAUCUACUAUAUUCUCUCUCUGUUUGUUCCAACCCUUCAUUUUACAGCGCUUACAGGAUUGCCUCAGACUUGCUUUUUUCCCUUCCUCCCAGUUCUUGUUGAUGCCAUUCCUUCAGCCUCCCACAGCACCAUGGACUCGGGGCUCUUGUGUGCAGUGGGCUUUGACUAAAGAGUUGAGACAAUGGAGGGAGAUUACAACAUAAUCCUUCCUGCCCUUAUUUUUUUAAUCCUUUUCCUCAUGCUUCAGAGCAGGGGCUCUUCCUUUUUUGUGCCAUGGAUCCCUUUGGCAGUCUAGGGAAACCUAGGACUGCCUCUUCAAGGUAAUUUUUAAAUGAAAAAAAAAAUGUAUAUAUAUAGCAUUACAAAGGAAAUUAAUGAAUAGAAUACAGUUUUCAAAAAUAUAAAAAGCACAAUUGUGCUAUAAUCGUGUGUCUUUAUGAUGUGUGAAACAAAGUCUAGUGGCAGGUCGCGUGACUGUGUUAUUUUCAAAGUAGUAAUGUAAACAAUCUUUCAAGAUAUCUGUAACAACUGAGAUAGGUGAAAAUGUUUGUGAUUUCCACCGGUGGCAAGGUCACAGGUAUUGGUAAUUGUACUGUGAUUUGUUACCUAUAUUCAUAAAGAAACGCUAGAUCUUAGUUAAAUGUUCAUAAAAAUAGAAAAUCUUUUUCCCAUCAAAUUUCUAUCCUUCAUUCUGUGCGUGAAUCUUUUUGGCAUCUGUGGUCUUCAGGUUAAUGACCCCUACCUCAGUAGUACCGCUGAGUAUACCGCUCUUGUCCAAGACUGGAUCCUACUACCUGUGGUCUAGCCUCCUACGCCCUCCUCACCAGCCCCAUUUUCUUCGAAACUUACUCCAAACAGAUAUCCCAGAUUGUUCUUGUAUCUUAAAUCUCUCUCUCCAUGGGUCCUUUUCUUUUCUUCUUGGAAUAUGCUUGUAUUUGUGUUCUUUCUUCCAUUUCCCAGGAGGGCAAUAAAUAGACUUGCUUGUGUGGCUGUGGCUAGUGCAAUGACUGGCAUGUGCCCUGUAAAUGUUUACUACUUGUAGAAGGUACUCACUAAACGUUUAUUAGGUAAAUAAACAGAUACUUCUAUUUCCACUGGGAAUUUUCAGGUUUUUUUUUUUUUUUUUUUUCCAAUUAGAGAAUGUUAUAAAUGUCUUCCUGCUGGAAAGGGGAAAAUGCUCAUAAGAAUUAUUUCCCAUCAUGUAAGCCCCUUUGGUAAACACAGGAGAGUCUGCAAAUUUCAUCAGUCAAACCAUGAAAGUUAACGUCCUCGUAGAGGGGUAUACUAGAUUUCCAAAUGUAAGUAAUUUUGAUAAGAAAACUGAGAGUGACUCUUUGUCAAACCAGUUCAUUGGUUUCUAUGAAAGUCUGGUGACAAAAAUAAUUUUGAGUGAGUUAUAACUUGUUGGACUUUGGAAUUAAAAAUAUAGUUAAUCUCUAUUUAUUUAAAUGACAUGUUAAAAAUAUAGUUCUGAUUUGAAUUUUGCAGUGGAUGCUAAGUAGACACAUGUAUCUUAGAGAAAAAGGAUAGGAUUCAAUGACCUAUUCCUAACUUCCAAGAAGUUAGUUUUGGAGAAGUGUUGGCUAUUAGUAUUAGAGCAUGUUUUUAUCCUUGACAUGGAUUUACUUUUAGUCUAUAAUAAUUUUAAAAAUUAUUUACUUUCCUUGUAGUCCAGUAACUGAUAUUCUUUGAACACAUACCUCUAAUUUAUGCAGCUAUUAAUCAUAUUUUAUCUUAUAAUAUUUGUUGUUAUUUUCUGUUCUUUAAUUAUUGGAAGGUCACUUGAAAUUUUAUAUUUAUAUAUUUAUGCAAACAUAAAGGAGUCAGUUGAGAUCAUUGUAAAACAUAUAGGUUAAUGCUUGGCACGUGGUAAACACUAUACAAAUAAAAUAAGGAAUCACAACCAUGCGUAUACACAAAUAUUUAUUGUUUCCAACCAGAUUUAAACCUGUAAACUCUACGAGUUAUGAAGACCUUGUUUGUCCUGUACAUCUUCGUACACUCAGUGCCUGGCAUAAUGUAGGCUCAUAGUGUGUUAUCAGUAAUUGUUUGUUGUGUGAAUAUAAGCCACCGAAGAGCAGUGGCUGUGUGGAUUGGAAAUAAAGAUGGUGAAAGAUAAGAGAUUAUUCAGGUAACUUGUGCUAAAGGGGCAAACACAUUUUCCCUUACCUAUUUGUAUUCAGUGCAGUUAGUAUUUCUUACAAAUACAAAAUGAGUGUAGUUACUACAACUGGAUUAGGUGUAAGGAGGUGUACAGUAUUCAGCUGGGACACACUAGCAUAGCUGUCUUCGUUCUUUAGGGCCAGCCUCCAUUCUUCUUAGAUGUGUACAGACCAUAUCAGUUGAACAACAUUUUGAAUAUAAUAUGUGGUUUUAAGUGAAUAUUUGGAAGAAAAGUUAUUAAACUGUAUAGAUAGAAAAACAUGUAUGUAUACACACAUAUGGACAUUACUCUGUCUAAUUUUAAGGAAUGAUAGAAAUUUUAGAUAUAAUUAACCAUUGCCAUUUAUAGAUCAAAAAAUAUAUAAAUUGAUAAGCUAUAUUUUAAUAUUACUAAAAUAAGAUACUUUUACAAUUAAGAUCUUGCUUUUUCUAGUUCGAAAUGGGUGUCAUGGUAACAAAAGUACAUUAUUGGUUUUCUUACAUUUAUGUCCUUGCCUGUUCAUUAGGGGAUUUCGAUGUUUUACAGGGUCAUGAAAAUUAAUCAGUAGCAUUUUCUUCUUGUAAUGGCAAGCACCCACAUUAAAAUUAUUGCAUUCCAUGUAACUUAUCUUUUGAUAUCACUGUCUUAUUUCUCCUCCUUAAAGAAAAGGCAGACCAACUACUAGACUAUAUAUAAGGUAAUUUUAUACUUGCCAAUUGAUCUUCCCGGGGGAGCUACUGUAGUUUUUAUAAAUAGCUUGCUGACUUCGAAGAAGCAUAUUUCUGUUCUUAGGAACUCAUCUGGAAAGAACAUUUCUUUGGGGGAUAUGGAGACCAUGUGUGGAAUUCCAGCUACAAGAAAAAUUCUGGGAUUUAGACAAAGAAAUAUUAGGUGGUUAAAAUUGAAAGUCUUUUUGUGAAAAAUUGGUUUGCCCUUAAUAGCCAUAUUUUAUGUUCUUAGAACCUAAUAUAUUGUGGAUUCGUGGUCCCCAGCCUAGAGUUUCCAGACUCCGGGGACCUGCAAACCUAGAUUGGUAUCACUGAUUAUAUUAUCUUGGUCAAAGUACUAACUUGAAAUUGUAUGUGUUUAAUUUAUUAAAAAUGAGCAAAUGUUUAUUACUUAAAAUGUUUACUACUUAAAAAAGCAACUCAUUUAUUUACUAAAUUUUUCAUAGCAUGGAGUUCAUGAAGUGAAAAUGAAAAGUUGCUUUGGGAAAGACUCAUGCCGGUUUGAAGCUUGACCUAUAUGUGUGAUUGCUACCUCCAGAGACUUUAAUUUAUUGAAAUACUGUGUCCAGUUGUAAAGCUAAGAAUACAAACCACUUAAGUGAAUUUUACUUUACAGUGAAUAUCAAAGAUUGAACUAUUUUUUAUCCCAAAUUAAAAUUUCUGAUCAAAGAUGCAGGCGGUUUUAUGGCAGUUCAUAAAAUACCAUAUUCUCUCCAUGAGGAUAAUAUGUAUGGAGGCUAUAUCUUUUAUAUAGUAUUAUCUUUAAUGUAAUGAAUGAUAGUGAAUUCAUAAGUAAAGUAACUUUUAUUGUUUUUGGAUUAAGAGAUAUUCAAAAUAAGCUUUGUUGUUUUCAAGACUAAUGUUGUUUUUUGUUUCUUUUAAAAGUUUAUUUAGGGGGAGGGGAGGAAGAGCGGGUCAUGGUCAGACUAGCAGCACAUGCCACCAUCAAACUUCAGACACUCUCUGAAGGUGUUUCACACCUCACCCUCCAUUUCUCCAAAUCACUGUAAAAGCACUAAACCUGAAGAUUGAAUUCAGUAUGAAUUCAACAUUUUGAAAUUUAAAAAAAAUAAAUGAAUAAUUAUAGAAUUGCUCCAAUUUUCAGUCCAAUUUGAUUUUUAAGAAAACUUUACUUAUCUCAUUCUUAAAUGGCUUAGAAAUAUUGACCAGAAAUUUCUCAGUCAUUCUACUGAUUUUCCAGCCUUUUUCUUCAGGAUGCUGAUCAGAGUACUUAACCUACGUUCCUCUUACUGCAAGUUAAACUUAUUUCCUGUUCAAUCUGUAGUUGAAGGAAAGUAACUGUUUGAGUUAUUUGCAUUUCCCCUGGGCUGUCUUCAUAUAUUUAAGGAUUACUGUGAAGCUCUCUAUUCCUUCUAGCAUGCCCCAAGAUGCCUCAUCUACUGAAUAAGUCCUUUAGUAUCCUGGAAUGAUAAAAAGUGGACAUGAGGUUCUACUCUAAUUGUACCCUAAUAUAAAGGAGAAAUAUAUGAAAAUAAUUUUAUAAAAACGUUUAAGAAGUGCAUUUUCAAAAAUAAUGAAUUUGAAUAUGGAAAUAUGUGGACACAAUUACAGUAAGAAUAAUGAAGUAGAUAGAUUAUUGUACUCAUAUGUAGCAUCACUGUGAACACCAGAGUUACAAAUGCAGGCUGAAAAAGGUUUGUUGUAUCAGUGACUCAGAAAUAACAAGGGGUAUUGAGAUUGUGGAGGCAAGUUUUUGAUAAUGGUGACAAGACUCUGAACAAAACAAAUCUCUUGAUUUACAUAGUUUGUUGCCUUCUUGGAAUCUAGUGUGUAUUUAAAAUCUUUGAUAAAUACUAUGUGUUUAUAUAUAAAAUACAGUAAGGUUCUAGACUGAGAUAAUUAUAAACAUAUUUUUCACUCUCAUCAGUCUCCAGCCAUUCACUGAAGAGUCGUGAGGCACCCUGGAAAAUUCUUUGUUUGGGACACUGUCCUGUAUUGCAGUAAACCUGGCAAGCCUAUUCUUGGCCCGUUAAAAGAAAGACAUGCUCCCUAGUCAUUGUGCAAGCCAAAAAUGCGAUAACUUAUUUUCAGAAAAAGCUACUCUUUACGUGAUCCCCUUGAGAACCUCUGCUCUAGGGUAAGCUUUUGAACUUGAGGUCUAUUUUCUAAAGCAUCAGUAUUUUUAUUUUUUCCUUCUCGGUAGUCUAUUCAGUUAUCUGUUAUACUGAAAUGUAAUCAAUAAGGACAAAGGAUUCACAUUCCUUGUGAAUCCAUAUUCACAUAUCCCAGAAUAUACCUAACAUAUAUUGGAUAGCACCAACUAUAAUAAUCUAGGUGCAAAAAAAUUGUAAACAAAUUAUCAGUUGCUAACGAACCCCUGUGGAUGAUUACUAAAAAUAACCUUUAGUCUUCUUUAAAGGAUCCUUCUUUAAAGGAAUUCUGGUUCAUAUUGAGUAUUUUAUUUUAUAAUAUGUGGGGGGAUAAGAACACCAAACAUUUGUAGAGCACUUAUCUGACAGUUACUAUGUUACUUGCCUUCUCUCUCAUUUUUAAGUCUGAUAACCAUCUGAUGAAGCAAGCAUUAUUAAUAUCUUCGUUUGAUAGAAAAGAAAUCAGAGCCAUACAGAGGUUAAUUAUCUUGCUCAAGGUCACACAGCUAUUAAAUAGUAGAGCCAGGAUUUAAACUCAGGUUUCUCGGACUCUACCUCAUUUGCUCUAAAUUGCAGUGGUGUGCAGGUGAAUCUUUUCAGACGGUUUUCAUCACUAUUAAAAUGUGUCUAACAUAGAUCUUCAGAAAAACUCUUCCCAUCUCUUUUAAAAUAACAUAACAUGUACGUAACAAAAAUAUGGGAUAAUUAAAACUCUGAAGACAGAGGAUAGUGCUUAUUUUUUGGUUAAUCACCUUCAACUUCAACUAAAGGGAAAGGCUGUUUCUCAGUCUUCUGGUUCCAGUUACCACUGAAGAAAAGGAAUGUGCAUUGCUGCCACUAGUGAUAUUUGUGACUUCUAGAUAAACAGUGCCUUCUAGUCUCCUAUGUGUUCUUUUCAACGUUAAUAAAUUUAUUUAAAAUAAAGUUAUUUGAGUUAAUCAAAUGAGUGCUUGUGCUUGGAAGUGAAAUAAUCAGAUUUUUACUUAUAUUUAAAUUUUAGAGAGGUCCAAUUUGAUUAUUCCACACUGUAUAUGUUUAUUGAAACAUCACUAUGUGCCCCAUAAAUGUGUACAAUUAGUAUUUGUCAAAAUAAAAUAAAAUAAAACUUCAAAUAACUUUGCAGUUGUUGACACAGCCUCUUCCAGUUUUCUGCUAAAAGACCAGUGAAGGCCCAGGGGGAAGAUGACAACAAAAAAGACUGACAAUUGCUAGAAAUUUUGAUGCAUUUCUUUCACCUAUGAGGAGCUGGACUGGGAAAAAAACAGAUUGUCUCAUGAAAAAGAAAACCCAGCUAUCCAAACCAGCAGCUGUAAGUCAUAGAAAGUAGCAAGAACCUGGGAGACGGGGAGCAGCUGACUACUGCAUCCUGAAAGGAAGGGGUUUCCUCCUGUAAAAGGCUCAAGAUGGGGACAGAGAACUCAAUGGGUGGAGUUCAGCCUACUCUUUCUUAGAUGUGAAAGGAAAGGAAGGUCGUUUCAUGCCUUGUUGAUAGAGAGCUUGGUAUUGGGGCAAAGUGUAUUUUUCUGAACAAAUUUCUCAGCUACCUUUGUUUGAAAGAUAGUAAGAUCCUUGAGAGCUGGAGUACUUCUUUGCUUGUAUACCCGUGUGAUUGGAGCAGAGCAGAUGUUUAAUACAAAUGUGUUUGUUGAUUGAAGUAAAGCAUUUACUAGGCAGCCAGGAUUUUGGAGUCAUGUCACCUACCUUUGUGUAACAGUCCCUGCUGGGCAUGCGAGGUUCAGACUUCUGCUGAUUCAUAACCAUUUGGCGCUGAGCUAUGACAAGAGAGGAAACAAAAAGUUAAACAAGCAAGCCUGCCAUAAGUGAGAAGUUGGACUGAAGGAUCAGACUUGUUAAUUUGUCUAGUGCAAAGAGAGAAAGAAGAGAAGACCCAGAUGAUCCAUGAGGCCUUCGCAAUAGGGAAGUUGUUCUACGUACCUCAAGAAAACUUUAUCAUGUGCCUGCCAGACCAUUUGGUGUCAGUGUUCCAUUUAACAGCUUUUCCCACCAACUGCAAACUUCCUUGAUAACAUGCUUUUGCGAAGUGCAGGAAAAUUAAACGUGGGCACCAAGAAAGAGGAUGGUGAGAGUACAGCCCCCACCCCCCGUCCAAAGAUCUUGCGUUGUAAAUGCCACCACCAUUGUCCAGAAGAUUCGGUCAACAAUAUUUGCAGCACAGACGGAUAUUGUUUCACGAUGAUAGAAGAAGAUGACUCUGGGAUGCCUGUCGUCACUUCUGGAUGCCUAGGUCUAGAAGGCUCAGAUUUUCAGUGUCGGGACACUCCCAUUCCUCAUCAAAGAAGAUCAAUUGAAUGCUGCACAGAAAGGAACGAGUGUAAUAAAGACCUGCACCCUACACUGCCUCCACUGAAAAACAGAGAUUUUGUGGAUGGACCUAUACACCACAAGGCUUUACUUAUAUCUGUGACUGUCUGUAGUUUGCUCUUGGUCCUUAUCAUUUUAUUUUGUUACUUCCGGUAUAAAAGACAAGAAACCAGACCUCGAUACAGCAUUGGGUUAGAACAGGAUGAAACUUACAUUCCUCCUGGAGAAUCCCUGAGAGACUUAAUUGAGCAGUCUCAGAGCUCAGGAAGUGGAUCAGGCCUCCCUCUGCUGGUCCAAAGGACUAUAGCUAAGCAGAUUCAGAUGGUGAAACAGAUUGGAAAAGGUCGCUAUGGGGAAGUUUGGAUGGGAAAGUGGCGUGGCGAAAAGGUAGCUGUGAAAGUGUUCUUCACCACAGAGGAAGCCAGCUGGUUUAGAGAGACAGAAAUAUAUCAGACAGUGUUGAUGAGGCAUGAAAACAUUUUGGGUUUCAUUGCUGCAGAUAUCAAAGGGACGGGGUCCUGGACCCAGUUGUACCUAAUCACAGACUAUCAUGAAAAUGGUUCCCUUUAUGAUUAUCUGAAGUCCACCACCCUAGACACUAAAUCAAUGCUGAAGUUAGCCUACUCUUCUGUCAGUGGCUUAUGUCACUUACACACAGAAAUCUUUAGCACUCAAGGCAAACCAGCAAUUGCCCAUCGAGAUCUGAAAAGUAAAAACAUUCUGGUGAAGAAAAAUGGAACUUGCUGUAUUGCUGACCUGGGCCUGGCUGUUAAAUUUAUUAGUGAUACAAAUGAAGUUGACAUACCACCUAACACUCGAGUUGGCACCAAACGCUAUAUGCCUCCAGAAGUGUUGGACGAGAGCUUGAACAGAAAUCACUUCCAGUCUUACAUCAUGGCUGACAUGUAUAGUUUUGGCCUCAUCCUUUGGGAGGUUGCUAGGAGAUGUGUAUCAGGAGGUAUAGUGGAAGAAUACCAGCUUCCUUAUCAUGACCUAGUGCCCAGUGACCCCUCCUACGAGGACAUGAGAGAGAUUGUGUGCAUCAAGAAGUUACGCCCCUCAUUCCCAAACCGAUGGAGCAGUGAUGAGUGUCUAAGGCAGAUGGGGAAACUCAUGACAGAAUGCUGGGCUCACAAUCCUGCAUCAAGGCUGACAGCCCUGCGUGUUAAGAAAACACUUGCCAAAAUGUCAGAGUCCCAGGACAUUAAACUCUGAUACGACAGGAAAAGUAAGCAUCUCUGCAGAAAGCCAACAGGUACUCUUCUGUUUGUGGGCAGAGCAAAAGACGUCAUAUAAGCAUCCACAGUACAAGCCUUGAACAUCGUCCUGCUUCCCAGUGGGUUCAGACCUUACCUCUCCGGGAGCGACCUGGACAAAGACAGAGAAGCUCCCAGAAGCAGAGAUUGAUCUGUGUCUGUUUGUAGGAGGGAGAAACCGCUUGGGUAACUUGUUCAAGAUAUGAUGCAUGUUGCUUUCUGAGAAAGCCCUGUAUUUUGGGAUUGCCUUUUUUUUUUUUUUUAAGAUGCUUUCAUUUUGCCAAAAUAAAACAGAUAAUGUGGAUGGUUUAA